AUGGACUUGCGAAAAGAAGUUGACGCAGAUGUAUCGCCUGCGAUCUCAUCAACCACCUCGUCAGAACGGGAUGAAAACUAUGAGUUUUAUAAACAACAUCAAGGUCUAGAAUAUACUGCAGAGGAAGCCAAACGGGUUCUGCGCAAGAUCGAUAUACGACUCAUUCCAUUGCUGUUCUUAAUUUACAUGCUGCAGUACCUGGACAAGAAUAGCAUCAACUUUGCCUCUGUCUAUGGCUUAAAGCAAGGAACACACUUAAAGGGACAACAAUAUUCAUGGCUCAGCUCCAUUUUCUACUUCGGAUACCUCAUUGCGCAAUGGCCUGCGGGACUAGCAUUGCAAAAGCUGCCCGUCGGCAAAUUCCUUUCCAUCACCACAUUAAUAUGGGGUGGCUUGCUCAUGACAACACCUGCGUGUUACAACUUUGCUGGAAUCGCAAUCAACCGCUUCCUUUUAGGAAUGGUCGAAGCAGUUGUAACUCCCGGAUUUGUUCUUAUGACCGGAAUGUGGUACACAUCUGAAGAACAACCCCUGCGACUAGAGGCAUGGUACUGCACUAACGGUAUCGCGACGAUGUUCGGAGGUCUUAUUGGAUAUGCGGUCGGCCACAUCACUACUGGACUUCCACGAUGGAUGUACGUUUUCCUCAUUUUUGGAGCCUUCUCCGUCGCAGUAGGAGCUAUUGCCCUGGUAUUCCUCCCGGAUCUUCCGUCAACUGCGAAAUUUCUCAGCGAGCGUGAGCGAGCGAUAGCUGUUGAACGUGUUGCCAUCAACCGCCAAGGUGUCAAGAGUAGUCAAUUCAAAUGGUAUCAGGUUCGACAAGCAGCCGAAGAUCCAAAGACUUGGCUUUUGUUUGUCAUGGCUAUUGGUGCACAAGUCCCGAACUCCGCAUUAACUAGUUUUACCUCCAUUAUCGUGGGUACUUUCGGAUUUGAUACACUCGGAACUCAAUAUCUGCAAAUCCCCGGCGGUGCCGUUCAGUUCCUCACUCUAAUUUUCGGGGGUUAUAUCGCAACCAAGUUCGAUGGUAAAUUUCAUUCACGAUUUGCAUGCAUGAUUUUCGCUUGCACUGUCUGUAUCAUUGGAUCGGGCCUUCUUGUCGGACUACCGAACACCAACAAAUGGGGCCGCCUUGUUGCACUUUGGCUAUGUUAUUUCCAAGGCUUGGGAUUCAGCAUGAGUUUGACAGUCGUCAGCUCGAACAUUGCUGGAUACACUAAGAAGCAAGUCACCGGUGCUCUGCUGUUCACUGGAUACUGCGUGGGAAAUAUCAUUGGACCUCAGACUUUCAAAUCUAGCGAGGCCCCUGGGUACCACAGCGCUUACAUUGCGAUGCUCGCUGGCUAUUCAGUAAAGCUGGUUUCUAUUGUCGCUUUGUAUAUUUAUAUGUACCUUGAGAACAAGCGCCGAGACCGCGAAGCAAUCGAUGGCCAGGAGGUUGAGGCAGAAGGUGUUGAAAAUGGCAUGCUGGACAAAACGGAGAUCGAUAACAAAGGGUUUAGAUAUGUCCUGUAA